CCGGCGCCGGCCCGGCCUUGCUCCGCCUCUUCCCCUGAAGGUUUGCAGGGAGACGGCAGCUGCAGACACGCUCUUCGGGCCCGACCAGACUCCUUGCAGCUGAGCAUUUCUUUUGCAGUGAGAUAAUGGCUUCCAACACAGAGCGCACAUUCAUUGCCAUCAAGCCUGAUGGAGUCCAGCGGGGAAUUGUAGGUGAAAUCAUCAAGCGAUUUGAACAGAAGGGAUUCAAACUGGUGGCUAUGAAAUUUAUGCAUGCUUCUGAAGAGCUUCUCAAACAGCACUAUAUUGACUUGAAAGAUCGGCCCUUCUACCCUGGUUUGGUUAAAUAUAUGAAUUCUGGGCCUGUAGUACCCAUGGUUUGGGAAGGACUCAACGUGGUGAAGACGGGCAGAGUGAUGUUGGGGGAAACUAACCCAGCAGAUUCCAAGCCUGGCACUAUCCGUGGCGACUUCUGCAUUCAAGUGGGCAGGAACAUCAUUCAUGGCAGUGACUCUGUGGAAAGUGCUCAGAAAGAGAUCAAUCUGUGGUUCAAGCCUGAAGAACUUGUGAACUACAAACCUUGUGCUCAAGAUUGGGUUUAUGAAUAGAUUAGUCCUGGUGACAAGUUCUGCCUUCUUCCAACAAAGCAUCUCAUUCCACCCACCUGCUGUCCUGGGAGCAAUUAUCACGGUUACCUUUGUGAUUAUUGGCAUUAAGAAAUAAAAUAUGAAUUAUUA